UUUCAGUGCAGUACCCCUCAUGCACAUGUGUAAACAAGGUAUCUGCUAGAACCUUAUACGGCUACGGUUUCAUCAACUACCACGCUACAUAGACGUUUUAGAAAUAAUAAACCAACGUUUAUCUUAAUACCUUGACCCAAAAUGGCGUCAACAGAGGUACAUAGUGACAGUGACGACGGCAUGGACGAAUUCAUGGACAAAUUCAAAAGCCAGAGAUAUAAGAAUGCCUUUACGGAGAAAAAUUGGGAGGAGGAGUUCAAUAAAGUCCCAAUGUUUAUGAAAACAGCCCCUGAAGAGAUUGACCCACAAAAAUACCCAGAACUAGCCUGUCUCCAGUCCAUGAUCCAUGAUGAAGAUCGACCUCCAGCGGAGCAAGCAAAGAGCCUGAAAGAUGAAGGAAAUGCAUUUUUCAAAGAGAAGAAGUACGACAAGGCCGUAGUGUCCUACACAGCAGCUUUAAAGAAGAAAUGUGGGGACCAGGAGCUCAACGCUGUUCUCUUCACCAACAGAGCCGCUUCACACUUCUAUCUGGGUAAUAUGCGUUCUGCUCUGAAUGAUGCCACAGCUGCAAAGAAGAUCAAACCAGACCACCUCAAAGCCUUGAUCAGAGGUGCUCAGUGCUGCAUAGAGCUUCGUAACUUUUCAGAGGCCAUCCACUGGUGUGACGAGGGUCUGAAGGCCCACACAACUGACAAUAAGCUACUUGAGCUCAGAGCAUCUGCAGAUAAACACAAAAGAUUAGCAGAGAGAGAUGCCAGGAAGGCUAAGACCAAAGAGAAGAAGUUAUGUGGCGAGAAGGAGGCUCUCCUGGCUGCCAUAAAGGAUCGAGGGAUCAAGCUUUUCCAGUCUGCAAAGACUCAUCUUCAGGGUUCAGACAGUGACGAAGAGGAUGAACGCUCUUCAGCAGCCAUGGCACAAUUGAGUCUGGAUGGCCUGAGCUCUCAGAAAGUCACUGGUGCUCAGGUAUUCUUGGAUGAGCAGGGCUCUCUGCACUGGCCUGUUCUCUUCCUCUACCCCGAACAUCAACAGAGUGAUUUCAUCUCAGCCUUCUCUGAGAAAAACUGUUUCAGAGACCAUCUGACUGUGAUGUUUGGAGAAGAGCUUCCACCUUGGGACACAGACAGAAAAUACCAGCCACAAAAUCUAAAGUUGUACUUUGAAGAUGAGGAGAAGGAAACACUCUACCAAGUUGACACAGAUACAUCAUUGUUGAAAACGUUGCAACAUAAAAGGUUUUUUGUCAAGGCAGGCACUCCCAGCUUCAUCGUGUUGGUGCAUGGCUCGUCAUUCUUGAAGCAGUUUUUAUCGGGAAAGAAAAUACAUGGAUUGUAAACCUACUGGACUUCAGCUGUUGGACUUUAAAUACACAAAACUACCUUCUCAAAUCUGAUUGGCUGUCUUUGGUGUUUGUUUUGGCAAAAAUAAAACAAUAAAGUGUUUCUUCUGUGUUACUAAACUAAAUUAAAAGGACAUUUCGUAAGAAAUUUAUAUAAACUUUUGCAGAUUGUACAUCAGUUUUUCUGGAUUAUUAAGCAAAUGUUUGCAGUAAUAUCUUAGUUGUCAAGGUGUUCCUUUUAACUUAUUACAUAGAUGCAUUUGUCACACAGUUAGAACAUUUUGUUUUUCUAUUCUGUUUAUGCCUGGAGCCUGAAUUGUCCUACAGACAUCUUUCAGGAAAUUAGAAAUGGCUGACUAUUUUUUUCCAGUGACAAUAUCUGCAAAGAAAUGUAAUUAAAUGCAUACUGUAAGUACA